AUGGAAUCACUCGAGGCAGUGAACCAGCAGUUCAAGGGCUUGCGAAGCACCGUUGAGGCAAUAGAUGUGGAGAACAUUGAUGGCCAGAGAUCUCAAGGUGCUGGACGCCGGCUCUCCUUCAAAAGCGUAGCCAUACAAGGGCCAUUGAGCCCCAAGUCUAGGGACCUGAAGGAGCCAGCAGCACUUCAGAACCACAGGCUACUGAAGGGGCAGAAGAUGCCAAAUUCUGUGUCGAAGGUGACAUCUGCCCCAUCCGCAAAGGCAACGGAUGCGGCUGGAACUCAGCUGCGCCUUCAUGGCCGUUGGAUGGACCUGGCCACACAGAGUGCUGAGGGUCCAACCAAGGACACCCGCAAGAAGGUCACUCACCGCUUGAGCCAGAUCGGCGGCAUGGAUUCUGAACAACCUGCUCCUCAGCAACAAUUUCUUCAGCCGUUUCAUCCGCAUGGCGCAUUCAGGAUUUGUUGGGAUUUGGCGGCGAUGCUGCUCAUUUUUGCUGACACCAUCAUGCUGCCUUUGGCGCUGGCCUGGGAAGAGGACAUGGGUUUCGGACAAGAUGCCUUUAGUUCAUUGCUUUUCGUGAAUUUCUGUAUUGGCUUGGCAUUCUGGACGGCCGAUUUGCUGGUGAACCUGAAUACAGCCACGUACCGGAAGGGCACGCUGGUUACUGGCUACCUCUCCAUUUUCAUCAGCUACAUGCGAGGUUGGCUGUUGUUUGACCUUAUGCUCCUGACCUUUGACGUUCUAUAUGUGACGUCAGAUGCAGGCAAUCUGACGGAGUUUCGCUUGGUUCGUGUUACGAGGGUGCUGCGAUUAUUGCGGCUUUUGCGCAUGUUGAAGCUUACAAGGCUCAACGCUAUCAUAGAGGAAAGUGCAGCAAACAGCGGCAAGCAGUGGGUCACCGUCGUCAUUGCGAUUACAAACACAGCCGUGGGCAUGAUCUUCAUUGCGCACUUGCUGACUUGCAUGUGGUACGGAGUUGGGCGAGCACUGGAAAACGAAACACGUAUACAGAGCUGGACCCUUCGCGCAGGUGCUGGUGUCCAGGAAGUAGAGCCGUAUGUGCAAUAUCUCCACGCCAUGCGCUGGAUUGUGAACACACCGUCACCUCCAGAUCUUGAUGCUGCUAGUGAAAUCGAGCGAGGUGUUGACAUUCUUGUGUCCAUCUUUUACUUGCUUGUGAUGGGUUCCGCAAUUUCGAAGAUCUCUGGGACUAUUGCCGAGCUGAGAGCCAUGAAUGAGGCAAGAGACCGGCGUCGCAGAGAAGUGCGACAAUAUCUCAGCCAUCAACAUGUCUCUUUCGAGCUCGUAUCGCGAAUCAUGCGCUUUGUAGACUACCGGCUUGAGAAGUUUUCAGCAACGAGUCUUGAUACGUCCUUGAUCUCACCUACCCUACAGCUUGAACUCUACGUAGGUCAAAGGAGCAGCUAUAUCCUCGAGCUCCCCAUCUUCAAGCUCAUGCAAGAAUGCUACCCCGAUGUCUUUGGCAGCGUCUGCGCAGUUUUGGAGAAGCAUGUCUACGAAAAAGGCGAAUCCGUCUUUGUGGCUGGUUCUUUUACCUCCUGCCUGCACAUCACAGCCACGGGAAGCUACAGCUACAUCGAAGGCUACGAUGCCGAAGGCGCCAACACAGAAUUUUCCGGUACCAGAUGGUACGGUGAGUUGUCGCUGUACACAGAAGGCAGCCUGCACCAGUCCACGCUGGCAGCUUCAAGCUUUGCGGAGACUUUUACAUUGACUGGCCCGGACCUUGCUGACUGUGUGAAGCAGUCUCGGGGAUGCAUGGCCAUGUUCUGCGACUUUGCAAAGGACUUUGUGACCGCAAUGCAGGGCAGCAAGACCAAAUGUGGUGAUGAGGAGCAGGUACAUUGGGCAGAGGAGUGCUGCAAGAGGAAUCAACACUACCAGGAGUUGUAUCCGGACCCGAAAACUCGCUUCAAAAACAUCAUUAUACCGUUGAAGAUCAAACGCAGUGCAAGCACCAGUGUCUCUGGUGAGGAUGGCAGUAGCUCCAAGGGCUCUGUGCCAAUUCCGAAGCCACGACUAUCCAAGAACUCUAGCACUUCAAGAAGCUCCAGAGGCUCUCAGGGGUCUGUGAAGGCUUUGGACCUUGAUACGGCGGACCUUGAUGUUCCCCUGGAAUCCGUGACCAGCCUGUACACGCGCUUCAGCGAAGCUUCUGCUGAGACCGUCAAUCCAGGCUUGGACACCUACCUGAAAGAAUUGGAUGGGGAGACGAUGGAGACGUAUAAGCUGGUGGAUGACUUGCAGAUAAUCUUGCCAGAGUUGCAUGCAGAGCACAGCCCACAUGUGGUCUUCGAGCAAGCAGGCGAGAGAGAUAGGGCGGAGUCCUCAUGCAUCAGCAUCUUGGCGCUCUUCAAGAACCGGUUCGACAUCUUCACACAACCGCAGGCCCCUCCUGUCAAGCUAAGUGAUGAGCAAUGGAUAGAGCUGCAGAGGCUGAUAACCUGGAUUGACCCGGACUUGGAGCAACUUCAAGCAGUCAUGGUGCUACUGGCGAUCCGCGCGCUUGGCAAGUCUAAAGCGGUGCUGCAGCAAAUGCCGCGGCCCAUGCGCCGUCCAGAAAGAGCGGUGCUCCAGCUAAUGGAGAGUGAGCGCAAUGUGGUGCCAUCAGUGCUGUGGCUGAGUGAGCGGGCAGAGCAAUACAUCGAGAACGCCCUUGAGAUUCAUGAGCUGUUCAACUUGGCUCAGAUGUUGCAAGGUGAAAACCUGCCGGCGAAUAUCGGAGAGCUGCGUCGUUGCAUUGAUGAAAAGAGUGAAGACAUGUUUCGCUUCUACAUCUUGUUCCUGCUUGGUUUCAUGAGCGGCAUUGCUGCUGGAACCGGUUCGAGAUUCAUGAACGGCAAGAAUGCAUCUGCGGUGAUCAGUGGCAUUCGCUUGCUUCAACGACUCAUGGAGUGCUCGCCGAGCGCAAUUUACUGGGGCUACCUUGAAGAAAGGGCCGAGAAAUUGCGGCUGAACUUUUACACAGCGGAGGAUCUCGUGCUGGUACGGUUAUCUUGCCUGGCAAGGGUGCAGGAGGAGAAAGACUACUUGCAGCUUCGCACAGCUUGGGAUGCAUUGAAGGCACGUGAGCGAGCAGCCUUGACAGACCAUUUCCUGGCAGACGGCAUUCAGGAACAAGCGUUCAUCCUUGAGUUCCUGCCCAACUGCGUUGCCAAUGCAAAGGCAAACAAUACCGUUGGUGUCACCGGUCUACUUGGGGUGCUGGUGGACUUGCUGAACAAUCUCAAGCUUAGCAUGGACUCAAUGCCGGACAUGGAGAAAGUGAUCCCCGUCGACCUCUCUGAGAUGGCUGAGUUCAUCGCAGUUGUUCAGAACCGAUUCGUGUUCCUGACUUGCGUAUCCAGAUGUCAGCUGCAGUUCGUGGGCCAGAGAGUGCAUCUAAAGAUGACUGGAGGCAACUGGGGGCGAACCACAGACCCUGAUUCAGAUAUGACCAGCUUGGCAUAUACACUUCAGGACAUUCUGCAGAAGCAGGCCUGUUGCUGCAGUUCACACGUGCAUAGGCACGCGUAG